UUACAGCUGUCAGAAAACCGGAAGUAUCCGGUUUUUAAACGUUGUUUUUAAAGGUCGCCCCCUAGUGUAUUGUUGAGGUGCAAACUUAGACUUAGAGAAUAAUUGGAGAAAAUAUCAUUACUGUAGUUAUGAACAACUCUAAACUUAAGUCUUUACCGGUCAAAAGACAGACAUCAACUUCAAACUUAAAAUUUGGUGAAGCUUCUGUUGAGCUUUUAUCAGAUUUCCUGUGCACCCUUAACAACCAGAACAAGUCCAACUUGGACAAGGUUUCAAGUGUGUGUGGGACUUUUAAAGACAGAAGAGUAGUUGAACAUGCAUUUCUUAUUUGCGAGGAGUUUCAACUUGACCAUUUAGUGGCUUAUAAUGCCAUUGAAAUACUAGCGAGAUUUAUGCAGAAGCACAUUGAGAAGUUAUUUUCACAGCAGAAGAGCGAGGUGUGUGAUGGCAGCGUGUGUGAAGCCAAGGGAAACUAUGAAGAGCUGGUCUUUCAGAGACUGAGAGAAAAACUUUGUCUCUUUAUCAUUUCAAGUAUGCAAAUCGCCAGCAAAGUAACCCUACAUACCAACGUGAUUGACAACCGUUCUGCGUUGAGAUACCUUCGUUUGGUUGGUUCUGACUGUCCCAAGGAGAAAAUAUUAGAAUCAGAACUUCUCAUCUUGAAAACUUUGGACUUCAGAGUGAACGUACCAAAUCCUCUGUCAUUCGCAGAGACUCUCCUAGAAGUUCUUGGCCACAAUGAUCCGACUACCCCUGUUGUACACCUGCAUCACCUGUGCAGGUAUGUUCUACAGUAUGUUUAUCUGCAGAGGGAAUCAAUCUAUGGCUCAUUACUGAUGGCUGUAACCGGAUGUCUCAGCCCAUCUCCAGAUCAACGGGCAAAGUUUGUGUCUGUGACAGAAGACUGCAUGCUGUUAGGGGUGGGAGUGAUUGCCGUGGCUGCUUUCAUCCACCAAACAUCUGCGUGGGAGAAAGUAGUGGAAGAGCUCGCGCUGAUCACCGGAAUCUCAGCAAAAAGCAUCAUGGACUUUGUUCACGUGACCCUCAUGCACGUCACCAAGAACAAAGUAAAAUGACCAAAAGAAAUUUGAUCAGUAGAACCUAAAGGCGACUUUUUAUUACAGAAAUAAUUUAUUAUUUAUUUAUUUAUAUUUUUUUUGGUGAUUUAUGAUGUCGUACUGCAUUCUUUUGAUUUUCAUUCACAUGCACAAUAAACAGGUCACGUAGAUUUUUAGACACAUGAUUUGAAAUCAGUGGACAGUACACUGUUGUCAUGGUAACUCCUUACUGGGCUCACUUUUUGUCUCUAAGAUUGAAUUCCAGCCAGAGAGCCAGAGGGGUCGGUGUCCAUGUUUUGUGUUGUUGUUCUUGUUGUUCUUGUUGUUAUUGAAUCAGUCGCAAGAUGAAUUAGUUUGCCAUCAGAAAUAAAAAUCUUUAACGAACCAAACAAAAAAGAGUAGAUUGUGUUACACUGGUCUGUACCCACAGUGAUACCCCGUUAUAUUAAUGUCAGCCAAU